CAGAAAAGGUACAGCAACUGACCCAGCCUGUGCACAGACAGAAAGAGAGAGAGGGAGAGGGAAAGAAAGUGACUGAGAGAGGAUGUAUGAGAAACAGAGGACCAAAAUGAAUGACACUGCUUUGAACAGGAAAACAUUUUAAUAAGCACAAUGGGACCUCGUCUGAUGUUACUUCUGGCUGUUGUUAACGAAGUGGUGGCUACGUUUCGUCCUCGACAUCUCUCCCCGUGCCGAGUGGAAAAAACGUAUGUGUACUGCAACAGUUUGAACUUAAAACACAUUCCAUCUGACCUUCCACCUGAUAUUCAAGUGCUGGACAUGUCAUACAACUUCCUUCAGAACUUGACGGACGAGUUCUUAAGCUUUUAUACCUCCAUUCAUGAACUGAAUCUAUACAACAACGAAGUGAGUUUUGUACAGCCUGGUCUUUUCAAAGAUUUUGCCAAUCUUGAAAAUUUGGAUUUGUCCAAGAAUCAUUUAGAUCAGUUUGCUCAGCUGACAUAUGGAAUUGGACCACUGCCAAAGGUUAAAACAUUAGACCUCUCCAGCAAUGGACUCUAUUCUGGCAUGCCACCUGUUUUUUUGCACAAUGCGUCUGCACUUUUGAAUGUUUCCCUCAGUGGAAACAGUAUCACUAAAAUAGACAAAGACACCUUUAGUGGGGCACCAGCUCUGAAGAGCAUUGAUCUUAGCAAUAAUGUUAUUUUGGAAAUUGAAGAUGGAGCCUUUGAAUCUCUACCUGAUCUCACUGAACUGAACCUUUCAACAAAUUCUAUCACCUGCAUUGUUGAUUUUAACCUUAUUCAGCUCAAGCUACUAAACCUCAGUAAAAACAGCAUUGAAUCCUUUCACACAACGGAUUCUGAAAAUGAGCACAAUUUACUUUACCUUGACCUAAGUGAAAACAAAAUAUUAUACUUCCCUGUGUUGCCAAAACGUAACAAGCUGAUCUAUCUGGAUUUGUCACGGAAUCUGCUACAGACUGUUUCUGUUGGGCCACUCACUGAUGAUCUUAGCUAUAUUAGCUACUCUUGGUUUGCAGAAACCACCAGUUCCUGGAAUAAGACUAUUUCAGGUUCUGGAACAGAAACCAACCUCACAAAACUCCUUUACUUAGAUCUGAGUUAUAAUGAGAUUAAAUCAAUCUCAGACAAAUUCUUUAGCAUGAUGAGAUCCCUUGAGCUGCUAAAUCUUAGCAAUAACUGCCUGAUAUCAUUUACUGUUGGCAGUGACACACUCAAUUCACUGGACACCCUUGAUUUGAACUUCAAUGCCCUACAGAAUCUUUCAUUUGCAUCAAAUGCUCUUAGAUCCCUGAAGAAAUUGUACUUAAAGAGUAACAAUUUGCAGACUUUAGCAGCCCAAGUUUUCAGCCAUUUGCCUCAGAUUCAGUUGAUUGAUCUUCAGGAAAAUCAUGUCAGCAUCUGCAAGUACAACCCUACAUCUCCAGGUUUAUCUCGCUCUAGUAAUAAAACUGACUGUAUCUUCUUAGCUGGGAUUUCAUCACUACUUUACUUGUACUUAUCAAGUAACACCAUAAAGUAUAUACCACAAUAUGCUUUUUAUGGGACCCCUCUACUGGUCUUGGAUGUAUCUAACAACAAAGAUUUACAGUUACACGAAAAGUCAUUUUUUGGAUUGGAUUCAUCUUUGAAAUAUUUAUAUCUUCAUAAGAACUCUCUUAAAAGUUUGACUGUCGAUAUCUCUCUUCUUACUGGCAUUAAGCACGUCAUUUUAUCAGACAAUCAGCUGACAGAGUUGUCUCCUUGGAAUAAGGAAUCCUCCAUUGAAGUUCUAGACUUGAGGAAUAAUAAACUCCCAUUUAUUCAACACCAUACAGUAACAAUUCUGGAAAAAAGCCUAAAAAGGCUGUAUGUUAGUGGUAACCCACUUGACUGCUGUAGUAAUUCCCGAUUUCUACAUAUGGUUCAGAAGUCCACAGUUGAAAUUCCUGAAAUAAAUGUGCUCAAGUGUCAUUUUUCAAAUAACCCUGAACUUAAAGAAUUACCUUUCCUGAAUGUUUCCCAGGAGGACUGCGAUAAGCAAGAUGCCAAGAUUAUUACAAUUGUAAUUAUAAUCAUAAUGGCAUUAUUUGUGUCUGUGUUUAUUGGCUUAAUUUCCAAAUGCUACCGAGAACGUAGGCUGAAGUCACGAGGCAGCUACAAGGCACGACCAGAAGGCAUUUAAGCUUUUACAGUAUAUACUGACAUUUCAUUUUUUUCUGAAUUUUCCUAUGUUUUUUGAUCAGAUCUGUUUUACCUCUUCGAUGGGACGGCACCCUGCCCAGGAAUUGUUCCUGUGUUGCACCUGGUGCUUGCUGGGAUAGGCUCCAGCAUCCCCGUGACCCUGCUUUGGAUAAGUGUGUUUAGAAAAUUGAUAGAUGAUUGGAUCUGUUUUAUCCGAUGCUUUUGGUAAAUUUUAUUUGGGAGAAUUCUGGUAGCAGUUGGCCUUGACAAUCAAUGUUAAUAACAUACUUUUUAUCAUUGUUAUUUAUCAUAAUUCCAGUGGCAGUUAAAGAAGGGUACCUUUCACCAGAUAUGUGAAAAAAGUUACUUGUCACAAUUUAUCAGUAUUCAUUUUUUUUCUUGUUCUAUACUUAGUAUAGGUAUAAUAGUACUAAAACAAGUCUUUUUGAAAACACCAGCUUGUUUCUUAUAUUCCCCAUCCUGCAAAUUUCCAAAAAUGCUUGUUGAUGAAAUUAACUGUUAUUUACCUUGACAGUUAUGGUAAAAAAUUAUGCUUUCUUAAAAAACACCCACCUUAUGUUUAGGAAGUAUUCCAUGUGAAGAGAGCAUGACAUUUAGGUGAUUUUUUUGUAAGUGUCAGCAACAUUGAAACUAAUUGCUUUUUCAUAGAUGAAUACUAAAUGCAAAAAAUGAAAUUUGAAGGUGUGAAUAAAAUUAGAGUAGAUAGAACAAUGAAACAAUUGGAUACUCUGUCCUAAACCAUGAUACAAUGUGUACACAACUUUAAUACAUCUACCCAUAAGCUUUAAAAGCAUUUUUAUUCAGUUGAAGUUGAGGGUAAUACAUCACAUUAAUUUUUAAGGACAGACUAAAAUUAAACAGUUCUACUCUGUUGACUCACUCUAUAUAAAUUCAUCCAUCAAUCCAUUCUUAUAUGUCUCAAAUGAUUUAAAUGAACUUAACCAUAAACCUACACACACAAGCACACACAAUAAUUAAUACAGGCAUUAAUGCUUAUUAAAACAGAUGUUGUAAACAAAAGAAAGCAAAAAAGAUAAUGAAUAACAAUUACCAGUUAGCAGCAUUCCUGAUUUAUGUAAACCUUUGAUCAGUCCACAGACAUUUGGCUGCUCUCUUCCAUCUGAUUACCCUAAAACAUCGUACACUACUGUAGGGUCCAUAGCUCUGAUACGAGGGCGGCUGCAGGAUCAGUAACUGUUAUUGCCUAAGGUUUCUAACAACUUUCAUGUCUGGAUUGAAACACACUGACACAAGUGGGACAUCACCUUCAAUGGCUUCUACUUCAUUAGAGUGGAUAACUGUUUUACUGAAUAUGGCAGAUUUGUCUGCCCUUGGAAUUUGUUAGUAAGCCGUUAGUUUUGCAGCUGAAAUUCCAUCUUGACAUGGUUGUGCCGGUAAAUUCUGCUAAGUAACAGUUACCAAAGGCUGUCCUUUCUACUCCUAAGAAUGACCCUUGAAGCAGCAUUUUGAAAUAACUGGCUAACACAUUUGUUUUAUUCUAAUUAUGCCAAAUUAAGAUUCAGGCCUUAUGAGUUUAAAUUCCAUCGGUAUCUGUCAUGUACUAAAAGAAUCACAUUUUUUAAAGACAAAUAGUUACCAAUCAUUCAAUGUUUUAACUCUUUAAAGCAAGUAAGAAAAUGCCAUUGAUAAAUAUAUACCUGAGCAUUAUCCAUAUUACAAGGAAGGGAAUGCAAUGUUUCAAACAGUAUCACAUAAAAGUGACAGUGUCAAGAAAACAGUAACAUUCCCAGCCCUGAAAUCUGAACAAAAACCAUAAAGUAUGCAACUUCACAACAUAACAAGUGUUUGAGUACUGUCAGCACUUUUCUGUACAUAUUGAAAACAGUUAGUUGGCAUCACUGUAGAACUAAUAUCUCUCCUACUGCAGGGCUCUGACAUCACCGGCUGCUGUGUAUGAGGAGUUUCCACGUCCUCCCCAAGUCUGUGUGGGUUUUUCUCUGGGCUAUUAAUGUUUGUCUUCCACGUUGUGGAAAAUAUGCAUAUUAGGUUAAUUGAAGACCCCAAGCUGACCCCGUUAUGUUUGUACCCUGAGAUGGACUGGCACUUUACCCAGGGCUGGUUUCAGUGUUAUCCCCAAUUCUGCCAAGGAUCGGUUUAAGCCUCUUCAUCUCUGAAUUGGAUUAGGCAGGUUUACAGAUGCAAUGUUAUAAGUAAAAAUUGAGAGCUGUGUCAAACACAGCUUAACUUGAGCAGUGUGAAAACUGGAGCUGAGAUGCUAGACUAACAAGGCAACAUGCUUAGCACACUGUGAGCAGGUUUUUAUUAAUUAACAGUUAAUAUAUUUUGGCUUCUGUGACAGAUGCUUUCUGUUAGAUAGAUAGAUAGAUAGAUAGAUAGAUAGAUAGAUAGAUAGAUAGAUAGAUAGAUAGAUAGAUAGAUAGAUAGAUAGAUACUUUAUUAAUCCCCAAGGGGAAAUUCACAUACUCCAGCAGCAGCAUACUGAUAAAAACAAUAUUAAAUUAAAGAGUGAUAAAAAUGCAGUGCAAGUUAAAAAGUGCAAGGUGGAGAGUGAAAGGCAGCUAUAACAGUCAAUAACAUUGUAUAAUGUUAACGUUUACCCCCCGUGGAAUUGAGUCGCAUAGUGUGGGGGAGGAACGAUCUCCUCAGUCUGUCAGUAAUAAGCAAAUAAACCCUGUAAGGAGUGGAUCAGCAAUAUGCCAUAUGGAAUAUGAUACUCAGCAGUUGAAGUCAACAGGCUUGCUUGCUCAGCUGAGCAAGGGAAGUUCACUUUAGUGAAGAACUGGCUUCUGACUCUCAGGACCCGGGUUCAUGGCCAGCCUCUCCACGUGAGAAGGUGAGACCCUUGUGAGUCCUCACGGUGACAAACCCGACCUGAUGUCUACAGUUGGUCUCAUUUACGGAGUAUCUGUAUUGUAUUUCAGCUUUGCUCACAGAAACCAACAAUUCUUUUACUUUUAGAUAUGGUCGUCAUCAGAAUGAGCUAAUUAUCAAGGAUAUGUUAUACCUCAGUGCAAUUCCAAAUAAAAAAAUAUAAAUAUUGUUUGCUACAGAAACAGAAAAAACUAAGAAUGUGUGUUGCUAAAUUGGAUAGUAUACAAUUUUAAUGCACUUUGAGAUGUUGUAGAAUAUUUUGUAUGAAAUUAAACACUAGUUUUUUCAUUGUAAAAAAAAAAGUUUAUGCAUGCAUUAUUUUUUUUGCUAUUUUACUCAUGUAUAUACUAUAUAAAGGAAAGCAUUAUGCUUAACCUUUUGGCAUAUUAAAAAUAAUUGACGCUAAGGGCAGUGACAGUCCUGUGCUGGCCAAACAGCCUCACGGUGGAUUGCACUGACAAACGAAUUCAGUUAACCAGAAUAAGACGUAUAAGGAUAGUGUGCUUAUACUAUAGUGGAUAUGCCAGUAGUGAUUGUCUACAGUUAUACUUGACAGAUUGCACAUCGAUAAUAUCAGCAUUCCACAAAAAAAAGUUACAACACAUGAGUGCUGUUAAGAGCUUUUAGGUAAUGUUACGGUGGACGUUGUUUUGAAGUGUGCGACUUCCAUAGGAUAGAAUUUAAAGCAAUAAAGAAGGGACUUACAACACUAGCUGCCUUAAUAUACAUUUGCAUUGAACCUUUAGAAAUAUAGCACGCAUAGAAUAACAUAUUAUUGUGGGCAUAUUAGGACUUUUUGUCAUCAGAUGAAAUCUAGGUUUUACAAGUUUAGAUAUUUUUCUAAAUUUUUGCGCAAAAUACAUAAAGAUAUAAAAUCAUUCCACUGGAGUUAGCCAUUGGCCUGAAACACUUUAUCGGUAUAAAUAGAAAAAGGUCUGCUCACACAACCUUACAUAGGCAUGAACUGAAAAUACCUAAAUCUCCACCUCGUAAUUUGCAAAAAGUAUUUUUUUUAAAUGGUUACAGGUCAAAUGCAUAUGUUAAAUGCCUCAAGCUAGACUUUGAGCUGUUUUAUUUAGCUAGAAUAAUAAAAGGGUUUUAUGAAAUAAUGGCACUAAAAUAUUUGCUGUGGUAAAAGCUGCCAUGCAGUUCUGAUGUAGUGAGACUGGUUACUUUUUAUUAAGUGCAAUUCAUGUGUGAUAUAGAAAUAGACUUCUUUUUAUAUCAAUCAUGACUUAAAUAUUAGUCCCUGUGUUUUAUGCAUUUUAAUUUUUAUUUUGUACUGAAGGAAAACAUGCAUAAACCACUAUUUUUAAGAAAUACUUUUGUAAAUAAAUGAUUUUUUAAUGCAUAUUUAUAUGUUUGUUAAACAUUUACUGUUAAUAAAUUAUCUUUUAAUGUUA